CCUUUCAGCUGCAGAUCAGAGCACAACGGCGAGAGAUUAACACUGUUCACAAGCCCUGAGACAUGAGGAAGAUGGAAGAGGACCAUGAAUGUGUCCGUGCAAGGGACAGAAAGCUGAUUUAGGGAUGCUCAGCACUGGUUUCUUCUUCUAGGAGUGCCUCAUGGUAAGGACUCACUGUCCCUUGUCUGUCUCUUUUAGGAGUCUCUCUGAUCCUGUGAGGCAUGGACUACAUAUUAUUUCAACCUUCCUGGGACUCUUCAUCUAAGAUUUCGGAGCGUCUUUUUUCACCCUGUUUCUAAAAGAGUGAGGGAUAUUUGUGUCACGCACUGAUUCAAUCAGACUUGAGAGGUUUCAUUCGAGAGGUCCUUUCUCUCUUUCUCUCUGUAUAUGAUCAUGCACUGAAAUCAUCAGUUCGUGCACUGAGGGCACACCUGUCUCUCAAAUUCAUUCACUUGUGUGGAUCUAACCAGAACUCUGAAGCUGGAAUUUUGCGAUGGAUAUUGUGAUGGAUAUUGGGAUUGCUGUAUACUUCAUUUCACGCUGAACCUGCCGCACAAGACAAGGUGAAAAAGGGAUUCAGAGAGGUUGAAAGUAAAGGUUUCUCAGUGAUUAUUCAGUCUGGGUCAGCAGUUACGUCUUCUUGGCAUCAUAGAUCUUCCAGGACGCAUUCUGAAGAAAGGAUGCUGCAGGAGACCAGUGUGAGAGUAAGCCCAACCUGAUCGCUCCGUCCAAUCCCCCCGCCCAGUCCUCCACAAUCCCAGGAUGCUCUGCCCCUGCCGAGGGAAGCUGAAGUUGCUGGUGGUGUCUCUGAGUUUCGUCAUCCUGUUCACCUGGCUUUACCUUCUUGUGGGGAACUCGGAAAACGGGCGUUCCCUGCUCCUCUCCGCAUGCUUGGUGGAAUCUACAGAAGCACGGCUGCUGGAACGGGAUGUCCUGGCAUCGCGGGUUCGAGAGGUGGAGGAAGAGAACCGGCAGAUCCGACUCCAGCUGAGCCAAUCGCAGGGCCUGGCUGCCCAGCCUGCCGAGGGUAACUAUGGCAACCAGCAGUGGGUGGCAUCGGCAGACACCGGUCCAGAGGACGUGGAGAACACAGCAGAGGAACGGGCCAAUCACAGCGAGUGUUCUCGCUCGCCCACCGCGGAGAAGUGUGAGCUGAUUCACGUGGCAUGUGUAUGUGCGGGUCACAAUGCCAGUCGGGAUGUGGUCACUCUGGUCAAAUCCAUCCUGUUCCACAGGAGAAACCCACUGCACUUUCAUUUCAUCACAGACACAGUGGCCAAUCAGAUCCUCAGCACUCUGUUCCAGUCAUGGAUGGUACCGUCCGUACAAGUCAGCUUCUAUGACGCUGAUGAACUCAAAUCAGAGGUGUCGUGGAUACCAAACAAACACUAUUCAGGAAUUUAUGGCCUGAUGAAGCUCACUCUCACCAAAGCUCUGCCAUCCAACCUUUCGAAGGUCAUCGUCCUCGAUACAGACAUCACUUUCGCCACUGAUAUCGCAGAGCUGUGGGCCAUCUUCCGGAAGUUCACAGAGAAACAAGUGAUUGGUCUGGUGGAGAAUCAGAGUGAUUGGUACCUCGGUAAUCUGUGGAAAAAUCACAAACCCUGGCCAGCCCUCGGACGGGGGUUUAACACAGGUGUGAUUUUACUCUACCUUGAGAGACUGCGAAGGAUGGGUUGGGAACAGAUGUGGAGACUGACAGCAGAGAGAGAGCUAAUGAGCAUGCUUUCAACAUCCCUGGCAGACCAGGAUAUAUUCAACGCAUUCAUAAAGCAGAACCCAGUUCUGGUGCAUCAGCUUCCGUGCUUCUGGAACGUACAGUUAUCAGACCACACUCGCUCUGAACAGUGCUACACUGAGGUGUCGGAUCUAAAGGUCAUUCACUGGAACUCUCCUAAAAAGCUGAGGGUAAAAAACAAGCAUGUGGAAUUUUUCCGCAAUCUUUACUUGACAUUCCUGGAGUACGAUGGGAAUCUUCUCCGAAGAGAACUCUUCGGUUGUCCCAGUCAGGCCAGCUCAGAGAGCACAGUGCUUCAGCAAGCACUAGAGGAGUUAGAUGAGGACGACCAGUGCUAUGAUUUUCGGAGGGAGCGAAUCAUGGUGCACAGGGUGCAUCUGUACUUCCUGCAGUAUGAAUACACACCUACAGAUGAUGGCACGGACAUCACACUGGUCGCACAGCUCUCUAUGGACAGACUGCAGAUGCUGGAGGCGAUCUGUAAACACUGGGAGGGCCCCAUUAGUUUGGCCCUCUACAUGUCUGAUGCCGAGGCCCAACAGUUCCUGCGCUACGCUCAGGCCUCCGAAGUCCUCAAAAACCGCAAGAAUGUGGGCUAUCAUAUCGUUUAUAAGGAGGGUCAGUUCUACCCUGUCAAUCUGGUACGCAAUGUGGCGCUCCACAAUGUCAACACACCCUACGUUUUUCUGACUGAUGUAGAUUUUCUGCCCAUGUACGGCCUCUACGAAUACCUCAGAAGAAGUAUAGUCCAACUGGACAUGGCCAAUACCAAGAAGGCUCUGGUUGUGCCCGCCUUUGAGACGUUGAGAUAUCGCCUUUCCUUCCCUAAAUCUAAGGCCGAGCUGCUGUCUAUGCUGGACAUGGGGACUCUCUACACCUUCAGGUAUCAUGUCUGGACAAAGGGUCAUGCGCCAACCAAUUAUGCCAAAUGGAGGACAGCCACAACGCCAUACAAGGUGGAAUGGGAGGCAGACUUUGAGCCGUACGUCGUCGUGCGACGAGACUGUCCUGAGUACGACCAGAGAUUUGUUGGCUUUGGCUGGAACAAAGUAUCCCAUAUCAUGGAGCUUGAUGCUCAGGAGUAUGAUCUUAUUGUGUUACCAAAUGCCUUCAUGAUCCACAUGCCCCACGCGCCCAGCUUUGACAUCUCAAAGUUUCGCUCCAGUCCAAGUUACCGCUACUGCUUGACGACUCUGAAAGACGAGUUCCACCAAGACCUUUCUCGAAAGUAUGGUUCUGCUGCUCUCAAGUACCUCACAGCACAGAGGAACAUCUGAAACCUGUUUAAAAUGUACUUCAGCACACAGGAGAUUGGCUUGGUCUAGUCGUUUGAGGCUCAACAGCCAACAUGCUGCUCUGCUACAUGUUACGGUGUCUAGAGGUACGAAGCUGGCCUGCUGAAAUCAGAGCUUUAAUUCUUCUUUUUGAUAAGUCAUACAGCAGAGAACUGUGAAAACCAAUGACAUGAGCACCACAACCAUCUCAGACUGGUGGCGAAAACUCGACCAAACAUUUCAACUGCUAAAAAGCGCAAAGGACAUCGGUAUACGUUUGCGAUGACUCACUUUCUUAUAGCCUACAAUGAACGGUCAUAACAAAGACCUUUUUUGACAAUCAGGGCUUUUUCUUCACUAAAGAUCUACGGCUAGUGAUUCAUGGCUCUACGCAGCUUUGGACCUGGCUGAAACCAUCCGAUGAAGUAUCGAUGGGCCGAAAAGGACAAGAAAUGAAUGAGCUUUCCAAAGACUCUUCUGCUGGACUGAAGUGUGAGGAGGCCAUCAAGACAAGAGGGACAUUUAAGCCUUAUAAUUUCCUUGUUAUUUAAAAUAUUUAAAAGUAUUUUUUGUUUUUAACGAAGACAAAACAGUCUAUGAACAACGACCUACAGCCUACGUAUGUUUUACAAUGUAAAAAAAGAAAAUCACAUUAUUUUUUAAUUUAGAAACACUGAUUUGCUUGUAGCGAAAGAAGCUUGAAUGCUCGAUAGGGGUGCAAGGGAGUAUUUUGUGUGGUUUCGGAGGUCCCGAAUGUUAGUCAUUUAUGAUUUCGGUGAGAAACGAUCAGAGCGUAUAACUGCUGCAUUUAUAAUUGUCACAUAACAAAUGGCGCAUAUUAUGACAUGCUUAAACAUCCAGUAUCAUAGUGUAUACCAGGACACUUUCCUGCUCUGAACUCACAUCACUUUUUUCACUUUUAAAAAUUUGCACUACAUACUGCUACUCAAAAAUGAUAUUAUCAAUUAUGAUUAUAUGAUAAAUGAUUAUAUGUACAUUUGCAUUGAGAUCCACUCAAGGGACCAUGAAAAAAAAACAAAAAAAACGGAGCAUCCAAGAUUCUCAAGGACUAAAUAUUUGUUGUCAGUGAUAUAAAACACUUUCUGUCAUUGAAAGCGGUAUUUAUUGUGUAAAAUGUCAGUCACGUUCUGGUCAGUCCUGCAAAUAAUAAUCCAGUGUCCAAUUCAACAUCAGUCACUCAAGUUAUAAAAGAAAAAACAAACAUCGCAAACCUGACAAGAAAGUUUGUACGAUCUAUUGUACCAAUGUUGUGUCCCAUCUUUAUAAAGUAAUGCUCCUCCAGGUCAUAUUGAGUUCACCCCUCAUACGCCACCCAUGCCCUUCCGCUCCAUCAGACUGCAGAUUUACGGUAAAUACCCGUGCCUUUGCUGUGUUGCGAAAACUGGAUAUUGAUUGUACUACUGUACGCAUCAGCGGGGCCUGCAAGAAUACAGGUACUCUAUUUAUUAUUGUUGACUUAAAUCAAUCAUAUUUUUCUAUGUAGGGGACAAAGUGCUUUAAAUAAAUUCUCCCUGUUUCUAUA